GGUCGGUGUUCUGGAAUAUCCUACGGGAAAACCACGCCCCAUUAUGUCAGCCAUUUGGUCCACGGUCCAAUUUGCCCUUUGGAUUUUGAUAUAUAAUAUCGCCGACUUUGCACAGAUUUUGGAAACCCAGGGAUCAAAAAUCGCAGCUACUAAUUAUCGAUUCAGUAGCGCCUUGUUAUUCACCUCACGCUUUGUCGACAUAAUCCUUGGGCAGAUCGGCUAUAAGGUUGUAUUCGAAAGAGAAAAAGAGAAAACUUCAGUACAGAUUUUUCCUACUUUUAUCAUCCAAAUAAAAUUAAUUAUUUUUACGAACUUUUAGUACACUAGACAACGUUUCCGCAAUUUGGAUAACAUAAAUGAAAUGCUCAAAUUGCACGGGAUCCCAACCGAUUACAAUUAUACAUUCAAGUCGCAGAUUACUUGGCUGUUAGGUAUCUUCGUUUCAAUUAUUUGCAUAAUUUCCUUGGACACCGCUAUCUCAGACAUAAAGUUUUACGGUACGAUACCUAAAAUUUGCUUACUCAUUCACGUGAUGUAUACCACAGUGUUCCAAUUCGUCACCGAUUUAACAUUCAACAAUUUCCUCAGGUAUCUUCGCAACAGACUGCAGUGCGUGAACAAGCUUAUACCAAAUAUAUUAUUCAAACGACAUCCUCAAUUAAUUAAUGCAGCAAACAGUGAAAAAAUCCAAGUUUACUUGAUAACCGAUAUAAGAGAAAUACAUUACAGCAUCUGCUCGAUGGCAUCGGAAUACAACACGACAAUAGGGAUUCAAAUUCUACUAUCAAUGACUAAUUCUUUUCUCAACUCACUAUCGCAAUUGUUCAAACUGUACGUAAUGUUUGUUCUGAUGGAUUCAUGCCCGUAUAAUUCAACCGGGGCAUUACAUAGUUAUUGUUUUCUGCACAAGCUCAUUCGUGCGAUGCCAUUGGUAUUGUUUAGCACAAAAAUUUUUUUGACUAUUCACACCUGUGUGGCUACAAGUUACGAGGCUAACAGGACAGGACAACUGCUUGCCGAACUACAGAUAGCAACUACUAACGGUCACGAAAAAUUUCGACGCGAGAUCGAUAUAUUUUUACUUCAGUUGAUACAAAAUCCUUUGCGCUUUACCGCUUAUGAAUUUUUUGUCUUGGAUUUUACUACGAUUCAUAGGAUGAUCGGGACUGUCACGACGUUAUUGCUACUCCAGGUUCAGAUGGACGAUAUUCAUGAAUAGGCACCUGGAAAGUCUGGAACCCAUUAAUGGCGUCAGAACGGAUUGCAGUCGAUAAAUAAUUGCACUUUUUUAGUACAACUUGUAGCUAUAAUUUCCUCAGAUAAUGAUAAUAAUAGCAAUGAUGAUGGUAGUAAGUGGGCUUUCGAUUGGCAACGGCAAAUCAUGAUUAGAGUGUAAAAAUAUUGGCAUCUGAUCAACCAUAGUCACGAACGUUACACCUGAAAUAAAU